CUGGCAAAGGGGGGGAUGGGGGGCGGUUGCACCCCCAGGACAGCACGUCUCCGGGAGAGGAGGAGGAGGAAGGGAAGGAUCAGGUGUCGCUUUAGGACCCAGCGGAGCCCCCAUGUUGGAGCCCGGAGAGAAGAAACCAAAGCGUUGGGCAAAGGCAAGAAGCAGCUCGGUGGACCCGAAAGCGACUGCGCCGUGCUCCUGCAACUACCUCCCAUCACCAUGAGAGCGCUGUGCCUCGUCCUGCUGGGCCUGCCAGCGCUCCUGGUCCAGGGCCAGUACAGCAGGUUUGAGGGCAUUACCUACCCGGAGCCGGUGCAAUACUCCCAGUAUGACCAGCAGGCAGAAAUUCAGGAUUACUAUGACUACCACGAUGUGACCCCACGCACCCCAGAGGAGCAGUUUCGUUUCCAGUCCCAGCAGCAAUCCCAGCAGGAAGUUGUACCAGCACCAACCAUGGCUGCUGCCCCCGAGACUGAGCCCACAGAGCCAGGACCUCUGGACUGCCGGGAGGAGCAGUACCCCUGCACCAGGCUCUACUCCGUCCACAAGCCCUGCAAGCAGUGCCUGAAUGAGAUCUGCUUCUACAGCCUCCGCCGGGUCUACGUGAUCAACAAGGAGAUCUGCGUCCGCACCGUGUGCGCCCACGAAGAGCUGCUGAGGGCCGAUCUGUGCCGUGACAAGUUCUCCAAGUGUGGUGUGAUGGCCACCAGUGGGCUCUGCCAGACCGUGGUCACCUCCUGUGCUCGCAGCUGUGGGGGCUGCUGAAGCCCCCCAACCUCGCCGGGAUGCAGCCCGGCUCCUCCACCUGGUGCUAUAAAGGAACCGUGCAUGAAAGAGCAUAAAGCCAAAGAGAAAGUCC